CGUUUGGUGACCGGUCGGUUAAGAACAGUAACAUGAAAGUUAUAGUAAUUCUCUUUGUACUUUGUUUCGGUGCUACAAUAAUAUCAUCAGCUCUAUCGGACGAUGAUGUUACAGUAGGCAAAGAGUGGUGGAAUGAAAAUUAUUAUCUCAAAUUUAAUUCACCCGGUGGAAAGACUUUCUAUGUCGAUUUCACCAAUGGCAUUAUUGAUCGGGAGAAAGAUUCUGCCCCUCGAGUUAAGAGAAUAAGUCCCCUUGUGUUAGCUUCUAUCAUUGGAGUGCCGCUGCCAAAACCAAAAGUACCGUUCAUUAGUUUCGUUUCGACGGAUUUUAAAAUUUACGAAAUUUAUUUUGAUAAUGACAGUCAAAAACCUAGAUUGGAGGAAAGCGAAUUCGUUUACGAAAAUAAAAAUGUGUUGAUUCGACCUCGUCUCGAAUCAUUCGUGGGGCCGAAUAAAAAACUGUACCAGGUUGUUUAUAACGAUGGCAAUGCAAUCGAUAUUGCAGAAUCACCAGACGUCUUGAAUCACUUUCAAAUCAAAACUUUUGGUCCCUACGAAAAAUUUGAGCAUACUUAUGAUUUUUCAGAAGAUGGUACCAACAUAGUAAGCCAUACGAUAUUACCUAUUCCGGUGCAGGCAAAUCGUUCGAUUCCAUUACCAGAACUGGGACCAAACAGUUUAAUUGAAGAGAAUUCCAUUCAAACAUUUGUUAAAUUCAACUCACCUAGUGGUACAGAAUACCACAUCACAACACAACUGAAUAUCGUACCGAUUCAAAAUGAUGUGAAGGAAACAUCUUACAUCACCUUCACAGAGUCUAAUGGACGAACAUAUGACAUCAAUAUUGACGAGAAAAAUGGCAAUGCAACCAUCGCGGAGAAAGAUGCAGUUGAAAGUUUCUUUGGAAGUCAGCGACUGUACUCAUUUGUUGCACCGAAUCAAAUCUUAUAUCGAAUCGAAUAUAAGAUCGAAAGUGGCCAAGAAGUGCCAACGUUAGUGUCAAGUUCUAGUGAUUCUUCAGAUUUGCAAGUAACACUACUGGAACUGAAAGGUCACUACAACAGAUAUGUUAAGUACAUAUUUUCAGACAACGGAAAGAAACUAUUCGAUCGAGUGGACGAAAUUGACUGGACGCCACUAAAUGAAUUACCAGCGGUGCCAGUAGAAGUCGUGACUGCCGAUUAUUUAAUGACUAACUUACCGUUUUUGACCUUAUACACACCCAGCGGUAACAAUUAUUACAUUUUCAAGAAUGGUACACAUGUGAGCAUUGCUGUCGAUAAAGAAGCCGGGCAUUCGGAUAGCUCAUUGAUAAGCUAUUUCCCCUCCGACGGCAGAAAAGUCAACAUUAAUUUUGUGCAUGGUGCCGAUCCUAUUCUGGAAAGGGAAGCCGAGCCGACUGGCAAAAAAGACCUAUUCUCAUUCCAGCUUGUGUCAUUUACUACACCCGAUCAAAAGGAAUAUAAAAUCACAUCAACAAUAGGGGAUGAUGAUGAACGAAAGAUAUCGAUUCAGCCGCCAUCUCAAGUAAAGGAACCGAUUGAUUUACCUCCCGCGGACGGUUUAUCCGUAACAAUACGGAGCGGAGAAGGUUGGAAAUAUAUCUAUCGUUUUACAUGGAAUGGUGAUAAGCUGGUUGAAACGUCUAAAUCCAAGGCAUACAUCACAAAGUAUGAACUUCUUACAUCUCUGAUUGGAAAAUAAGAAAUAAAAUUAAUUUGAAAGCAAUGUGGAAUGUUUUGUAUAU